AUGGCCCUUCACCUUGACUGCACAGACUCGGAUGCCCAGCAGAUCACCGUGGAGCCCUCGGGGGGCGGGAGCAGCUUCAAGCUGAGGAGAAGUCCGCACACCCUGCCAAACGACUGGAAAUACGACUCCGACAAGAAGACCAUCAAGAAGACCAGUGGCAACAAGUGCCUGGAAGCGCGCGGCCGCGGCCGCGUCGAGGAGGUUGAUUGCUCCCAGCGCAUCGAGCAGGAGUGGACCAUGUCGCAUGGCCUGCCCGGCCUCGUAGACGCACCGAUCAGCUGCCCUGGUGACCAGGUCAUCAGCUAUAUGAAGAAGACGCACAGCCAAAUCCAGUAUAAGUGCAGCCACGUCUCAUCGCUGGGAAUGUGCUCGCCGCACUACUCGACGCAAGUCGAGACCAAGUCGCCGGAGCUUGAGACAAUCAAGGCCUUGCGCCAGCUCGGCGCCUUCUGCCCACCCGGCGAGGGCCUCAAGAGCUUCGAGAGCGAGGCUUCCGACAAAGGCGCCUGGAUCCGCUUCAAGUACGAAUGUUGCCAGAUCAGCCGCGUUCCGGUCUCCAUCUACCCCCUGAUGACCGGCGCCGGGAAGAGGGACUUCGACACCGGCAUGGCACAAGCCUGGGAAGGGAUCUACUGCCCAAGUGGCAGCACAAACGGCCGUGUGGACUUCACUCAGAGCAGGAGCUUCAAACCAGGGCAAAGUGCCUCAGGCACUUUGAAAUAUGACAAGAACGACGGCAAGUGGUGCGUCUCCGGCAAGGAUUGUGCCUACUCAGACGUUGUGCACCCCCUGGACUUGCAGCUGCACACAAGCCAAUGGUACGUCGUCCCUGUCAGCGACUUUGACGCCAUCUUCGAGGCCCGUGGAGCGAAGACCACGCCGAAGAAGAAGCGCAAGCCUCCACCGCUGAUCAAGUUUGGCGCUUCCGACCCGGAGUAUCUGCCGGAGUGCAAGGACGAGUCGCACCCCGGAGCGCGCAAGUUCAAGCUGGCCAGCAUGAAUGAAGAGGCCAAAGAGCUGGACGACGAGAAUCCCUGCAAGUACGUGUAUGGCGCGCCCCCCACCAACCAAGACAUGGACGGGGCCGAUGGCAUGACUGGUUGGAUCGACGACCUGGUGGACACCGUGGGGCCGGGCCAGGGAGGUGUGACCUACAAAUCCGUCAAGGAAUGCAGUGACCGCGACAUUGUCCGCGAGCUCCAGAUGGCGAAGUGGAGCCAGGCACACAACUACCACACCAUGGGCUUCGACUACGCGCGGGACUUGAUCAUGGCGUAUGCUGACGGCAUGCCCGAAGUGGAGGCUGCGCCCAUCGGUGCAGGUUUCGAGUUCCAGCCGGGCUCCAUUCUGGCUGCUUACAGCACCUGGUACUUUAACACCAUUCAGCUGGGAGAAGACAUUGCCAUGCAGCAGCACGAGAUGCACUUCGAGCAAGCGGGUCACGACGACUGCAAUCCGAUUCAGCAUGGAUUUGCCAGAACCUUCUGCGAUCUUCACUGCAUCCGAGAUGCCGUGCGAAAGGGGGAUGAUGCGAUCCUGCGAGCAUUGGAAGAGGCGGUCGAGAUCAUUGGCAAGAACACCCAGCUUCUCCUUGAGCAUUACGUCGGGGAAGAGUCCGGAUCAUUAUUGGUCGAGGAGGCCUCCAAGAUCCGCCGCGGACUCGCCACCCAAUUCCAAGAGCUGCGGGCAGUGGCGCAAGAGGCCGCGCUGGAGACGCGCGCGUCCCUGGCCGGCGCGCGGGCCAUCAAGGCCUUCGCGGGCCGCUGGCGACACCAAGGCAAUGUUUCGGGCUUGGCUUCCCUACACACCAUGGCAGGCGAGGUCGCGCAGCUACACUCGACAGUGACAGCCGUCAGCAGCCAGAAGCUCUCGCGUGUGGAAGAGAUGCAGCAGAACUCCUUGGAAACCGUGGCCUACAUGAACAAGUUCCUCAAGGCCAGAGCACACGUCCUUGGCCUGUACCACCAGACCGCGAGCCGGGCAAAGACAGCGCAGACGUGGUUCAAGCAACACUGGACAAACAAGAUGUCAGUCCUUGACGAGCUGCGAGACGCCAGUGUCGCCCAAGCCUUGGAGACCUUCGACACGAUGUGGUGGCAAGUCCGCCGAAAGCUGGAUGCGUACCUUGAUGCGGCGGAUGAUCAUACACGUGCAAUGAGCCAUGCCGUGGAUUCACUGCGCAGCUACGCUGGACAAUGCCACGCCAGCUUCGUCCAGUUGAAAAAGUCUUAUGCCGCCUCCAUUCGGGCUGAGAAGCACGACCACGCCACGCUGAAGUCGACGUGGUCGGAGAUGGCUGUACAGGUUGGGAUGAUCGCAUCGAAGAUUGUGGACGCCAAGUUGCUGGACCAGUUGGCCUUGGCUGAUGCAAAGGUGGCGAAGCAGCCCGACGUGGGCAAGGCAGAGCGCGCAACGAUCUGUGGCAACUCUUCGGCAGCACUGAUGAGUACGCGAGCACACUUAGCUGAGGCCAUGACGAAUGGCUUUUUGGGCCAGACACAGAAUCAGCUCAGCAUCCUCUUUGGGGAGAUGGCCAUGCUCCAGCAGCGCUAUCACGCGGCUCUUGGGGAAGCUCCCGGCGCAGAGGAAGUCCGUCUGGCCCAAGGACGACUGUCCGCAGCGAUGAAAGCAGCCCGGUUGGGCGUGGACAACCUGGCCACAAGCAUUGCAGAACAUUGGCGAAGUCAUCUGUGCAAAUGA